AUAUUACAGUAUUGGCGCCUUCCAACUUUGUAUCUACUUCUAGAGCUAGUCACCAAAUCCAAGCCUGGCAAUGCCGCAGCUUCCUACUUGCUGGAAAACACAGAUGCAGCACACGCCAUGGCACUGAAUCGCCAAGCUACAAUGAUAGUAUCAUUGAGCGGUCUCCAGGCCUAUACCACCAAUGUGCUUAUAGCGGAGCUAACCAAAGUCUUCACUUCAAUGGCACAACUACAAUAA